AUGUUUUCUUCGAACAAUUUCAUCGAGCUACGAAUUGAAGAAACAGAUGGUAUAUCGUGCAUUCGAUUUUGCAAAACCAAUAGUGAUUAUCUUGCUUUCUCAACUUGGGAUGGAAGUCUUCAUACUUAUGAUAUCAAGACAAAAAGACUACUUAAGACAUUUAAAUUUGAUUGUCCUCAAUUAGCAUGCGAAUGGGCCGAACAUACAUGUGUAAGUGGUGGUGCUGAUGGAGCUAUCUCAGCAAAUGGAAAGCAAAUCGGUUCUCAUAAUGAUGCAGUUUCAUGUCUAGCUUAUUCAUUAGGUUCAUCACAGAUAAUUUCUUCUUCUUUUGAUAAAACAGUUAAAACAUGGGAUCUCAGAUCUCCGAAUCCAAUUUCAGAGCUAAGUCUACAAGAUAAAGUGUAUUCAGUGUCUACUUUGGAUGAAUACUCAGUUAUAUGCGGUUGUGGUGAUCAAAACAUAUUUACAUUCGAUACUAGAAGACCAGAAAAAGGUAAAGUUACAAAAUCUCCUUUGCACUAUAAUAUCAGCUGUGUAGCAGCAACCAAGGACCUAUUUGCUAUAGGAUCUUUCGAAGGACGCGUCGGAGUAAGUGAUACAAAUAACAAUACUUUCACUUUUAAAGCUCAUUACCAGGUUGAAGACGAUUCUAAACUUCUUUAUUCUAUAAAUUCUAUGUGCUUUAAUCCGCAGACUCGAGAUCUUGUUACUGCUGGCAGUGAUGGAAAAAUAAUUGUUUGGGAUAUUGAAAUGAAGAAGCAAAGGUAUGAAUUAGGUCCCUAUGAAACUUCUAUUUCAUCUAUUGAUUUUUCAGCUAAUGGAAAUAUCUUAGCAACAGCUAUAAGUUACGGAUAUGAAAAUGGAAACAUAUCUCAUCCAAAAGAUCGUGUUCUAUUAUUUAUCUGUAUAUAG